AUGGAGUUCAUUGAGACAUUCUCAUAUGUCAUUCAGUACAAACAAGGUAAAGAAAAUGAUGUAGCACAUGCGUUGUCAAGGAGGUAUGUGAUUUUAACUUCUUUAGGUACUAAAUUGCUUGAAUUUGAAUAUGUUAAGGACAUGUAUGCAAAUGAACCAAUUUUUCUAAUAUAUAUGAAUCAUAUGAUAAAGACUGUGUGGGGCUUAAUGGGACAUUUAGGGAAGACCUUAGAGAUACUAGGUGAGCAUUUUUAUUCUCCUAAAAUGAAAAUUGAUGUUAAUCGAGUUUCUAGUAGAUGCAUCACUUGUAAAAAAGCUAAGUCUAAUGUUUUACCUCAAGGAUUGUAUAUAACUCUAUCUGUUCCUAGUGAACAUUGGGUUGCUAUUUCUAUGGAUUUUAUAUUAGGUUUACCUAGGACUAAAAAGGACAAGAUUCGAUAUUUGUGGUAG